ACUCUUGCUUUGCUUACAUUUCCACCGUCACGACACGUCUUCACACUAUCGCCUCGCAGCGGAGCCCCCCUUUUUCCCAUUGAAUUUCAACUACUUCUCGUCAAUUUUCAAACCCCUUUUCAGUAGAAUCGAGAAGUGUACAUUGUUGUGUUUGGAUUCAACAUCUUGUUCUUGCUUGAGGCGUUUAUUCUGACUUAUCUUAAUUUUAAUUUCUGCCUGAGUUUUCGGAUUUUCUUGAGUGAAUGCGAAGUUUAUUAAUUUGAGGGGGGAUAAAAAACUAGAAGAAGAAGAUGGAAAACGGAGUCCGGGAAGACGGUGGGGUUUGCUCGAAGGAAACGGGGAACGGAGGGGAGGAUGUCUACAGUUGCAAAGAAUCAGAUGCUUCAUCCGCUGAUCAUCUUGUUGUUAUGGUCCACGGGAUUCUUGGAAGUGGAUCGGAUUGGAAAUUUGGUGCUGAGCAAUUUGUAAAGAGGCUUCCUGACAAAGUUUUCGUUCACUGUAGUGAACGAAAUGCUGCAAAGCUAACAUUGGAUGGCGUGGAUUUAAUGGGUGAGCGACUGGCUGAGGAGGUCCUUGAAGUAAUCAAAAGGAAGCCUGGCUUGAGGAAGAUUUCUUUUGUUGCGCAUUCUGUAGGGGGGCUUGUAGCAAGAUAUGCUAUUGGGAAAUUAUAUAGACCUCCAGAGGGAGGAAGUGCAGAAGAAGUAUCAACCAAUGUCUCUACUGAAGAGUCAAAGGGUACAAUAGCUGAUCUUCAACCAAUGAACUUUAUAACUGUUGCCACUCCUCAUCUUGGUUCUAGGGGUAAUAAGCAGGUACCAUUUCUUUUUGGGGUACCUGCUUUUGAGAGAGCCGCGGGUCUUGUUAUUCAUUGGAUAUUUAGGAGAACAGGCCGACAUCUUUUUCUUAGAGAUGAUGAUGAAGGAAAACCUCCAUUGUUGAGACGCAUGGUGGAAGAUAAUGAAGAAAGCCUUUUUAUGUCUGCUUUACGAUCAUUCAAACGCAGGGUGGCAUACUCAAAUGUUGGCUAUGACCAUAUUGUGGGCUGGAGAACAUCAUCAAUUAGACGGAAUAGUGAACUGCCCAAGUGGGAGGAUUCUGUUGAUGAAAAGUAUCCGCACGUUGUGUAUGAAGAGCGCUGCAAGGCUUAUGACAAUGAGCAGUCCGAGCCUCCAGUAGAAGAUGAUGGUCUGGAUGAGCUGGAAGAGGAACUAGUCACUGGCCUUUCUCGCGUGUCAUGGGAGAAAGUGGAUGUAAGCUUCCAUCGAAGUCGGGUUAAAUUCGCUGCCCACAGCAUUAUUCAGGUCAAAGACCAUUACAUGCACUCAGAAGGUGCAGACGUUAUACAACACAUGAUUGAUCAUUUUCUUUUAUAGGAGAGCCCCAUUGGCCCCAAAUUACAGCAUGUAAGGGCCUCUUACACGCGAUGUUAGAAGGGUGCUGGUUUCUUAGCCUCAUCAAAGCAAAUUGAGAAGAUCCCCUUAUUACUACAUUGUAAUUGUUGCCAGAUACUUUGUCUAUUAAUUGUUGUCCACUGUAAAUCGAUUGAUAAACUGGUCCGUAGUGGAGAUCUAUCUUAUGUACUGUUAUAUAUGCUCAUAAGUAUCGCAACUGUUGCUUAUUUUUUAUAAAAGAAGUUACAACCGUGGAGGGCCAGGACAGGGUAAAACUUGAGUCUGCAUUCAGGACCUCUCUCGCAACAAUAAGAGCUUGCGUCAAUCUUUGACGAAAUUGUUGGGGUCUUGUUAGGAUUGAUGCUGUCCCAGUUUUUGAAAUGAUAAUGUUGGACGA